UUCAGUUUGAGUCUCUGUUUUUUCAAGGACAACUUUCUUUCUGGAUAAACGUAUAAACUUUUUUCUUUUUUUUAAUUCUUUUUCGUUUUAUCUAAUUAUGGAUACUUGCUCGUCAGCUUCUGUGUGUUUAUGUAAAGAUUUUUGCCUAUCCAAAACCCUUCCAAAUUAUACCCCUACAUGGGUUCCUCCUAAAUUGUUCAAUUCUCUCGUUUUAGGUCUCUCUCUUUUUUUAUGAUCAAGUCUUCUCAGAAUAUGCAGGGGGAAUUGCAGACAACUGAUAUGUCUUCUGGAAAGGAAAAUCAUGACUCUGCUAUUCUGCGGAGUAGACUGGAGAGGGUUUUGCGAGAAAAAGAAUUUAAGAAAUCCAAUAGGUCUUUCAAUGCAAACGAGGAAGGGAAUGAUUUUAAAGGGGAUAAUGGCACUGUUGAGGAAGGCCAAAACUUAAUUAAUGAGGACUGGAUCAAUGUUGAACAGUUAUUUGAAGGAAUCAUAGAGGCAACAGUUCUGAAUGAUUAUAAGCAGAAUGUGCAAAAGGGCAAGCCUCCAAAACAACGUUUGUUGGUGGUUGCAAACAGGCUACCUGUAGGUGCAAGGAGGAAGGGGGAAGACUCAUGGAAAGUAGAAGUAAAUGUAGGGGGACUAGUCAGUGCACUCAUGGGCAUUGAUGAAUUUGAAGUUAGAUGGAUUGGAUGGGUUGGUGUGAAUGUUCCUGAUGAGACUGGACAAAAAUCACUUACUCGUGCUCUAGCAGAGAAGAGAUGCAUACCAGUUUUUCUUGAUGAAGAGAUUGUUCAUCAAUAUUACAAUGGCUACUGUAACAACAUCUUGUGGACACUUUUUCAUUAUCUUGGCCUUCCACAGGAAGAUCGUCUUGCCACAACCCGUAGUUUCCAGUCCCAGUUUGAUGCAUAUAAGAGAGCCAACAAAAUAUUUGCAGAUGUGGUCAAUGAACAUUAUAAGGACGGCGAUAUUGUCUGGUGCCAUGAUUACCAUCUCAUGUUUCUUCCCCAAUACCUUAAGGAGAAUAACAGCAAGAUGAAAGUUGGUUGGUUUCUCCACACACCUUUUCCUUCUUCAGAAAUUCACAAGACACUGCCAUCUCGGUCAGAGUUACUGAAAUCAGUUCUAGCUGCUGAUUUAGUCGGCUUUCACACUUAUGACUAUGCGAGGCACUUUGUAAGUGCUUGUACUCGGAUUCUUGGGCUUGAAGGCACACCUGAUGGAGUUGAGGAUCAAGGGAAGAUUACUCGUGUGGCUGCGUUUCCCAUUGGGAUAGAUCCUGAUCGAUUCAUAAAAGCUCUUGAACUCCCCCAAGUGAAGGAUGAAAUUCAACGACUAAAAGAGAAAUUCUCUAAUCGCAAGGUUAUGCUGGGAGUUGAUCGUCUUGAUACAAUGAAAGGCAUUCCUCAGAAGAUUUUGGCAUUUGAAAAGUUUCUGGAAGAAAAUCCAAAUUGGCAUGAUCGAGUAGUUUUGAUACAAAUUGCUGUUCCAACAAGGACAGAUGUUCCUGAGUAUCAAAAGCUCACAUGCCAAGUUCAUGAAAUUGUUGGACACGUUAAUGGAAAAUAUGGAACUCUUACAGCUGUUCCGCUUCAUCACUUGGAUCAAACUCUCGACUUUCACAAAUUAUGUGCACUCUAUGCUGUAACUGAUGUUGCACUUGUUACAUCCCUGAGAGAUGGAAUGAAUCUUGUCAGCUAUGAGUAUGUAGCCUGCCAAGCAUCCAAAAAAGGUGUUUUAAUCCUUAGCGAGUUUGCAGGUGCAGCACAGUCUCUUGGUGCUGGAGCGAUAUUGGUAAACCCAUGGAACAUUACUGAAGUUGCUGCUUCAAUUAGCUAUGCUUUAAAUAUGCCAGAUGAUGAAAGGGAGAAACGGCACGACCACAACUUCAUGCAUGUGACCACUCAUACAUCCCAACAAUGGGCUGAAAACUUUUUGAGUGAACUAGAAGAUACUGUUGCUGAAGCUCAGCGGAGAACAAAACAAAUUCCACCACCUCUUCCAAGUAAAGAUGUAGUCGAAAGUUUUUCACAAACGAAUAAUCGGUUACUGAUACUGGGUUUCUAUGCAACACUAACUGAACAACUAGAUGCUCAUGGUAUAAGGAUUGACCAGUUCAAAGAAAUGCAGCUUCAACUGCACCCAGAUCUAAAAGACCCAUUGAAGAAGCUUUGUGAUGAUCCGAGGACUACAGUUGUGGUUCUUAGUGGGAGUGAUAGGAGCGUCUUGGACGAGAACUUUGGCGAAUUCAAUAUGUGGUUGGCAGCAGAGCAUGGCAUGUUUUUACGUUCUACGCAGGGAGAAUGGAUGACAACGAUGCCAGAAUGUUUGCAAAUGGACUGGGUUGACAGUGUUAAGCAUGUGUUCGAGUAUUUUACUGAGAGGACCCCCCGUUCCUAUUUUGAGCUUCGUGAGACUUCACUUGUUUGGAAUUACAAGUACACAGAUAUUGAGUUUGGGAAGCUUCAAUCAAAGGAUAUGUUGCAGCAUUUGUGGACUGGUCCAAUCUCCAAUGCUUCUGUUGAAGUUGUUCAAGGUGGCCGUUCUGUUGAGGUCCGAGCAGCUGGUGUGACUAAGGGUGCAUCAAUUGAUCGUAUAUUAGGAGAGAUACUACAUCGCAAUGAUGCUAAUUCUCCCAUCGACCAUGUUUUGUGUAUCGGCCACUUUUUGCCAAAGGAUGAAGAUAUCUAUACCUUUUUUGAGCCAGAGCUUUCUGCUCUACCUGCAAGUACAGCAAGAAUCAGUUCAGCGAGUCCCGUCAGCGGAGUUGCUUCAAACCAUCCUGCGCAUAAAAUUCAUCAUCCUUUUCCAUCCCCCGUGAAGAACAUAAGCAGCAACAUGAACGGAAAUGAUACGGGAAUGCGAGGGCCAACGGCAUCUGUUCUGGAUCUUAAUAGCGAGAAUUAUAUCUCAUGUACGGUUGGACGAAAGCGCUCAAAUGCCCGGUAUCUUCUUAAUUCUUCAGCAGAUGUCGUCUCUCUACUAGAGGAACUUGCAGAGUCACUAAAUAGCUAGUCAUUCUUUCUCGUUGCUUCUCAUAGUUCUGCUAAUUUUAACGUAAACGUGUCAAGCAGGAUUUUUUGGCUCGUAUAAUUUUUGGAUUUGGUCUCGGAUUUUAAUAUAGCUGAUAUGAUUUAUGAUAA